AUGAUCGGAUUCGGUAACCACGAAGAGGCUGCUGACUUUGUCUACAACCAGGACCCCCGCGAGCACGAGGCCAAGUUCUCCCACGAAGCCGUCGGUUUCGGUGCCGGUUUCGUCGCCAUGCGCGAGUACGAGAAGCUUCAAGAAUCCAAGGGCGAACACCCCAAGCACGAGUUCGCCAAGGAGAUGCUCGCCGGUAUCGCUGGUGCAGAGGUCGACAAGCUCUUCGAGACCAAGGGUCUUGACUUCUUGGACCGGGAGGAGGCUAAGCGUCACGCUCGUCAACAGGCAGAGCAGCUGUACGACAACCAGUACGGUAACUAA